GCUUAUAAACCUGGUCAAAGAUGGAGACGUGCUUAGAAAUGGAGUAACAGAUGAUACUGACAGGGAUCUAACUUAAGAAGCAUAAUAUUUAAGACUCAAGCUCCUUAGACGUUGAAAUUAAUUUCUCAUACCUGGUUUUGUGAACUUAAAAUGCAUUUAACGGUUAAAAUUUUAAAUGGGGAAGAAUGCACCCUAGCGGUAAGUUCGCUGGUUUUCAUUGAUGAUAAUGAUUGUUUUUCUUCACCCAGCCUCAGAUAUUUGACUUCUUUGGAGUUUUUGUACAAUAUUUAGUUAGUUAUUUCAUUUGUAACCUAAACUUAAUUUGCACCCUCACUGGGAUAGUAGUGGUUAGACUUAGGUUAAGUCUAUAAUCUAUUAAUUAGGCAUUAGAUGAUAGCUACUAACGGCAAAAGCCUUAAAAUAAGACUCACAAGAUUAUUCAACAAUUCAAGAUUUCUUCUGAAGAAGGCUUUUAGUUUUAGAAGGGGUAGUAAGCCCUAGCCCUAGGUAGUGUAAGCCUUGGCUUGGCACUAUACUAUACAUUUGAAGGCAAAGCACACUUAGGCCUAUGCCUAUUUCACGUAAACUUACAUUUUUUAUUAAUUUUUUUUUUUAUUUUGAAAAUGGCAGUGUCUACACGUCCGGCGCGCCGGACGUCUAUCUCCCGCACUAUGUGUCCGGCGACCAAGUCACAUGACCGCCGUAACAAAGUGGCGAGAGAUAUCGUGUCGGUCAGCCUUGUCACGUGACUGCGAAUAAUUCAAAACUAUUGUUAAUUUUAAAAUCUAUUUCUCUACCAAGUAAUGUACUGAGUAUCUUGAAUGCAAAUAAUAGAAAAAGAAACUUAAGUGAAAGUGGCUUGUAAACAUUUUUGUUUAGUUUGUUAUUUUUUGUGUACCAGUAAUCCAUAAAAUAAAUUAGGGGCCAGUGUGGCAACCAAUAAAAGUUAAAGAUUUCAUUUUAAAUUAUUUCAAUUGCUACAAAAUAUUUAAAAACUUCUCAUGAAACUACUGUUGCUGAGGAACAUGAUAAUAUAAAUAUAUACAAAAUAUUUUGAAUUAAAAUGGGGGAAAAAAAACGACCCUAUCCCCGGUAUAGAUCCUCAAACAUUCCUAUCGUCAAGCAACCACUCUACCACAAGACCAGACAAGAUGUACUAAAUCGUACUUCGUUUGGAAUUAUAAAAACUACUAGCCGUCCGGCCAUGUCCGGCGGUCACGUGACAAGUCGCCGGACGUGUAUCUUGCGCACUACACGUCCGGCGCCGGACGUGUAGACACUUCGUUUGAAAAUAAUUAAAAUUCUUUUCAAUCUUUUGUGUAACCAGGUAUUUUGUGUAUGUCCUGUAAAUGUCUCAGUCCACUGCAGGUACUGUCCUUUACUACAAAUCCUAAAAACAUUGUAUCCCAUUGACCAUUGGAUAUAAAAUUAAUGCACCUGUAACAGAAAUAUUUCUCUAGAGAAGUGGUUCUUAACCAGGUGUGUUGGAAUGGUGCUGAAGACUCAGAAAAUUGUAUUUGCUUCCAUUGCUAGUUGUUGCUGCCUUUAAAAAAUAAUUAAUUUUUUUUGCAUUCGUAAAAGUGAAUGUCCCCUAAUGUAAUGUUCAUAAUUUUUUUGAUUGUGGGAUGCUCUGCUCAUAGUAUUCCGGUUUAUAUGCAAUAAAUGGUUCUUGCACUAAUUUUUGUCAGUUCUUCAAAUCUUCACAACAGGAUGUGCUUAUAAAUUAGUACAAAUAUCCUUGUCCAGCUAAUGUCCCAGCUUACCAGAAGCCUCUGUUUACCUAUUAUAAUACAGUAACUAGAACUGUAUUAAAUAUUUUAAUUAUUUACCAGGCCUCACCUAGCAGUCUUGUUAGUGAUGUUAAAGAACAAGUAGAAGCCUUAUUGUCUAUACCUGUUGCAGACCAAAAGUUACUCUUUAAAGGGAAAGCACUACAAGGUAAGAUUUUAUCUUUCAAUUUAAUAUAAUCAUUUAGACAAGGGUGGGUAGAUUGGUGGACUUUACACUAACUUACAGGUGUUUACUUUUUAACUCUAACAAAUUCAUUUUAUAUUAAAAUUAUUAAUUGCACACAAACAACUUUUUUCAAUGUGAAGCUAUAAAUGGCCCUUUUGGAUUUUUAUAUUAUUAAUUUCUGAUUUUUUAAAACACCAAACAUAAAAUUAUUUUUUACUUCAAAAUGAUUAUUUAUGAAUUUAUUAUCUAAUAUGGCAGGGUUUUUUGUGUGUGGUACCAUAUUUUGGCAGGGGUUUUUGUGUGUGGUGCCAUAUUUUUUUACCAUCUGGUUUUUUUUUUUAUAUACUGUUUUAUUUUGAUUUGCAGUUGUAGUAGCAAAUUCUUUUUUCACAAAGUUGUGUGCAACCCUACUCUACUGUAUUGAGAUUAUUCUGUGCUAACUAAUAUUUUGAAUAUACAUGCUAUUUUCAGAUACCAAGCCUUUAAAGGAUUAUGGAGUAGAAGACAGUGGUAAAAUUACACUUGUCAUAAAAAAGUCCAUGCUAAAACCGACAGAUCCAUCCAAUACACCACAAAAAUUUCAUCCAGCUGAACCAGAACGACCAGUUUGGGAUAAAUUGCGAGUAUUUCUUCAAAGACAUUUUAGGGAUAGAGAUGUAGAGGUUGUGUUGCAAGAAUUUAAAAAGGUAUUUUCUUUUUCACUUUAUUCGUCAAAUGUGAUCCCUCGCUUUACACUUAUAAUCCUUGUUCUCCUUCCUUAAAAUUGCCCUUAACUUCAAAGAUUUAUACUUGAACAAAUUUUAUUAUGACCUAAAAUUUGAAGUUUUUUUUUUCCUUAAUCAUUCUCCAGUCGAUUCUUGUGAAAUAAAAUGAUUUUUUGUUAUAGUUAUUCUAAAAGUCUUGUACCCGGUACCUAAAUAUAAAUUUUAAGGCAUUUUACUUUUCAUCUAGAUAACAUAAUUUCUCAAAUCAAAACCUAUUGUAAGUUAUAAAAAACGAAUAACUUGGAGACUAAAAGCUUUAAAGCCACGGUUCUUUGCUGUAUCAUUUUCCCCCAAAAACGUUAGUCUACAAGUUCUUUGUGACCAUUUUCUCAUAACAAAUAUCACUGCUCUGAAUUAUUCCACUAUUUGUAAUUCAGACCUUAAGUUUUUAAGGUUUAUUUAACCUGUCCUCACCUUUUUCAAUCUUAAUUUUUUUAAAGAGUUAUAUUAUUAACUUAUUGAGAAAGAGUGCAACUAAAUUAGUGUAUUGUACAUGUUAACGUCGGGGGAGGGGGCUAGAAAAUAACACUGAUAUUUAAGAAGAAGAUUGAAGUUGCUAACAAGGGAGAAGAUUUUAAUACCAUUGUUAAAUGUUUUAUGAUUAUAAUUUUUUUUGUAGGAAUUUGAAAGAAAUCUUUCCAAUCUAAGUUUGGAUGAUAUAGAAAGAUUAGCCAUCACAAAGUUACGUCAAGUAUGAUAGUUCUACAACCUAGCAACACACCAUUUGACUGCAAAUGGAGUACAGAAAAUGCUUUGAAGGGUUGGCUGCCUUGGUUAAAACUAAUGCAAGCAGCAACUCUGCCACUUUGGUAGACCAUCAUUCAUUUUCGAGUGCAAGAUCCUCACCCUCAGCGUCAUCGUCUUUAAGUGUCAUGCAAUUGGCUGCCUAAUUCAAAACAAUGUGACUGUUUACGAAAAAUAUUCCCAUCACAGGCAAAUGUUAGUUCUUAUCUAUGUGUUUUAUUUAGGAAUGCUCAUUAUAUUGAGAAAAGGUAGGAGAGCAUGUUUUGAAAGACUGCUUCAAGGAGUUGUAUGUUUCUGAUCAUCACAUGUUGUACUACAUAAAAAUAAUAUAAUUAUGUACUUUUUAAAUAUUUUUUCUUUAAUCAAUGAACCAUUCUAUCUUUCACCCAAUUUCUGUACUUCACAUUUGUUCCCAAAAUUUUAUUUACCUUGCUAAUCUUAUGUAGUUUGCUUUUUUUAAAAAAAAAUGUUAGCGUUCAGUGCUUUUUUUGUUUUUAGCGGGUCACGCGAUUUGUUUUUUAACUAAUCUGUAUUAUGAAUUUAAGAAUCUGUUUUAUGACCCUGAGUAUCAAUAAAGAAAUGCUUUACAACAUUUUUAAGUUUAGUUUUUAAUUGUCUUACGGUACCGAAAUGAAUUUUGUUUCAUGACUAAAUCAACAUAGAUUAUAUUCAGUUAGGCUUUUGAAACAAGCAAAUAUAGCCUGAUUAUAAUUAUAGCAACUAUUUUUUCUUAAGUACCUAUUUAAAAAAAAAAAAAAAUUUAUAUACAAAUUUUUAUGAAGAAUAUCUUUAUCACUUUAUUGUGGAAUUGCCAAUAAUAUUAAAAUGGUAACUUUCUUUGGGGGAUAUUUUAAAAUGGAGAUAAAAAAGGGAUUGUUGUUAUAACUACAAUAAUACUACAAUAGAGAAAGAAUUAUCUAUGUUAUUAUUUAUUUUUUGUUUUUAAUUAGCUAGGAUUAUCUUUAAUUGUUAUCUAACAACCACUAGAGAUUUUUUUUAAAUUAAUUAGAUAAUCAUUAAAAGCUUAUCUCCACAGAGAUCAUCACUUUUUUAGAUUUCUUUCAAUAGAAAAAAUAUAAAUUGAUGAUUGUGUUACCCCGGCAUCCACAGGUUUUUAAAAUACUAUAGAGCCAUUAACAUUCAUAUAAAUCAUUUGUAUCAAUAGUCAAAUCCAUUUGAGUUGUUACCCAUCUCCUCAUAGUUAAUAUUUCUGCCUACCAAAAAAUCUUGUCUUAAAAUAUUUGACUGCAUGAAAACAAGAUAAAAUCUUAUUGAAUGAUUAAAUUCCAAUUGGUAAAUACGUCUAGACAAAAUAAUAUAGUUAGAAUUUACUUACCUUUGUUAAUUUUCUACAAAUCUUUGGUUUCUAUUUACCCACUUUUUAUAUUCUUCAUGUGAGAUUUUAGGUCUUUAACUUUAACUGCUUAUGUUUGGUUCAGGUAGACUACACAGCUGGAAUUAUACAGCCUAAGUUUCAAGAGGCUCUUUUUCAUAUAUAAACUUUAGUUGUAUCCUCAAUUAACCUAUUCCAAAAUAUCUGAAAUCAGGGCCAAAAAAAAGAAAAAGUGCCAUUCAAAAUUAUGUAGGUAUGCAUAUAAAAGCCCAACACUGUCCUAUUUGCAAAGCUCAGUAAUUUACUGAAAGUUUGCAAGGUAGACAUCUGGAACAUGUACAAAAAAAGUGGGUACUUAAAUAAUUUGUUAAUUUUUUCUUCUGUUUUCUUCAAUGUUCAAAGCACAAGAACUGAUAUUGUAUGUCUCUACACCCUUUUAUGUUAUGUAGUUUUGGUUUUCUUUUUUUUUGUAUUCCUCUGUUUAAAUUAUUUAUAAAAUUAAUAAGAUAAUUUGAGCUGAAUGUCGCCUUUUUGACUAGGGUAUCAUAAAAGUUGCUAAAUGGAUUAUGUCCAUGGAAAAAUACACGUACUCAACUCCAAGGAUUUUGAAGGAUAACCAAUCAAUAACUUAUUAAAAAUAAUCAAAUUUUAAAAAUGAAAUGUAUCCAUAAUUCUUAAAUACAUUUUUACUUGUGCAUUAAUAUGUUUAAAUGUUGUUGUUUUUUUUAAAUAUGCAUGUUAUAUGUAUGUAUAUGAAGAGUGUGAUUUAAAGUAGUUUUGAUAUCCAUGGAUUAUCUUCAAACUCUAGGGAGAAACAACAAAAAGGUUAAAAUUUGGUUUAUUCUUAUCCUGUGACAUGUACAUUUUGUACAGUGCUGACGUUGCAAUAUUUAAUAAUUGCAUUGUCCACAAUUCCGACAAGUAAUGUCUAAAAUUUAAUUUGUUUACAGUUUACAGAGCUGACUUGUAAUGCUGUAUUUAAUAAUUAAUUGUUUACAGUGCCGACAUGUAAUGUAUAAAAAAUUACAUUGUUUACAGUGCUUUACACAUAUAGAAUGUUAGUUGAAUAAAAGAUUGAACAUGUGUGUAUAUUGUAUUUGUAUUAAAAUUGAUUUUUAACAGAUUUUGUUGGAAAAUUGAAAACUUUUACUAUGGAAAUGUUUGUUUUUCAACACUCAUGUUUUUUGUGUGUGAGUUUUUUUAAGCUGUUUGAAAAUAAUCAAUUAUUAUUGAACGGAUUGAAAUUGAACCAUCAUUAUCCUUUGUCAUUUAGAUUUUUAACUGGUAAAAUACAGUUAAAAAUGAUGCAUAAUUUGUCUUUUAAUAUUAAAUCUUAAUGUAUUCAUCCCCCCCACGAAGUCUUUUUUUUUUCCCCUAAUAAAGCAUCAUAAUAAUGUUAAAACAAACUGGAG